UAAAACCAAAAGAAGAAGAAGAAGAAGCAGAAGAAGAAAAAGCAGGCACUAGAGAGCACACGCACUCCCCUUCGCUUUGGUCCUUCUCAUAAUCUCACACCAGAAGAAGAACACAGCGGGCCACUGCUGAAACAAAAUGGCCGACGUAGAAAUGGAUUUACGGAGCAAGAGGCUAAAAAACGGGCCAGAGGAUUUGCAGAGUCCAGAGAAGAGCGGAAAUGGGGAUGAAAAUGGUGACAUGUCUGGAGAGGAUGAAGAGGGUGAGGAAGAAGUGGAGGUAAAUGGAGAGAACCAGGACAGCAGUUCCAAACACCACAGCAUUGGCAGCAAACACAAGAAAAAGAAACACAAGCACCGUAGCAAGCACAAAAAACACAAACAUGCAUCUGAGGAAGGUAAGGACCGCAAACGGAAACAUAGACACAAACAUAAGAAGCACAGGCGCAAAGAGGAGCCAUCCUCCUCACCAUCUGGGGCCAUCAACAGGAGGGCCGAGGAGGGCUCUCCAUCGCUGGGCAGUGCAACCCUGGAUGACAAGGCGCUUCUUGAAGACCUGGAGAAACAAAGAGCACUGAUUAAAGCUGAGCUGGACAGCCAGCUGAUGGAGGGGAAGGUUCAGUCAGGAAUGGGUCUGAUUCUACAGGGUUACAAUUCCGGCUCAGAAGAGGAUAGAGAGGGACAGAGGGCACGUAAUGGAGAGCAACGGCAAAGAAGCAGUGGGGCCAGAACCCGCUCACCUAGGGACCAGAUAAGCAGGGGGGGUAGAUCCAGACGGGACUCAACGGACACCAGCAAACCAAGUGUAAAACAGUGCAGCCGCUCUCUUGAGAGAGUUUGUAGGGAUGCUAAGCUUGAACGAAUGACCAAAAUUGUGAAAGAGACUGUUAAGGAGCGUAGCAAGUCCAAAGAGAAAAAACGCUCCCGGAGCAGGGACAAAUCCAGGGAGCGUGUGAGGAAGUCCCAGUCCCCGUCUACAAGAAGACGGUCUGUGGAGAGAAAAUCAGACCAGAAGGGACGUUCUGAUCGGCGUUCCUCUCCUCAUGUAGAUGAGAAGCGGGAACAAGUCGCACAGAGAUCAAGCUCACGAGGGAGCCGGUCACGAGAUCGACAAUCUCACUCUAAAGAUGCCCGGGUGGGUUGCUCGGAGUCGGAUCGAGAAAAGAGGCCUGGAAAGUCUCCAUCGAAAGACCCCUCAUCUGGGAAAGAGAAUCGGUCUCCUCAUCAACGUCGAGCGCAUAGCCCUCAACGUCGACGCAGUUCCUCCCCUCGCCAUAGGGACCGCCAGCCCAACCAGCCCCCAUCGGGUUCUGCAGACCGGAGUUCCAAACUGAGCCACUCACCGUCUAGAAACAGGUCACCAGCCAAAAGAGGACGAAGUCGCUCAAAUGUGCGCCGGAGAGAUUCCCCUUCCAGGAAAUCCUUCAUGUCUCUUAGGAAGCGUCCUCGUGUGGAUGGAGCUGGGAGAUCACGGGAAACGAGUCCAGCACGGCGCAGAGUGAGCCGUUCACCACUCAGACGUAGGUCUGUAUCAUCACGUCGACAGUCUCGCUCCUCACCUAGAAGGCGAAGUCGAUCGCCCAUGAGACGUGACCGGACCCUGAGGAAGAGACAGAGACUAUUCAGACUUUCAGUCUCACGUGGCUUGAAUAUCCCACACAACAGAAGACAACGCAGCGAGAUUGUGUCAAACAAGUUCAAAGGCAGUCUGUCAGAGGGUAUGAAAGCAGACCAAGACUCCUCCUCUGAAGAAGUGCUAGAGGACUUCGAUGCAGAAGAGGAGGAUGAAGAAGCUCUGAUUGAGCAGCGACGACAACAGCGUCUUGCCAUUGUGCAGAAAUAUAAAUCUGUAAAUGAGGACAGUAAUAUGGGCUCCAUGGCGUCAGAGCCGAGCAGUCCUCAGAGCAGCACCCACAGUCGUUCACCUUCCCCUGAUGACAUCCUGGAACGGGUAGCAGCCGAUGUGAAGGAAUACGAGCGGGAGAAUGUAAACACUUUUGAGGCCAACAUCAAGGCCAAGCACAACCUCAUCGCUCAGGAGAAAGAAGGGGUCAACCUGAAGAAGCCCUCAGCACCUGACAUGUUCACUGAGUCAGAUGACAUGUUUGCUGCAGAUUUUGAUAGUGCUAGACUGAGGGCUGCUGGCAUUGGUAAAGAUUUUAAGGAGAACCCCAAUCUCAGGGACAACUGGACUGAUUCAGAAGGAUACUACCGUGUGAACAUCGGAGAGAUACUGGACAAACGCUAUGAUGUGUAUGGGUACACUGGACAGGGUGUGUUCAGUAAUGUAGUCAGAGCUAGGGACACUGCCCGGGCUGGCCAGGAGGUGGCAGUCAAGAUCAUUCGAAACAAUGAGCUCAUGCAGAAGACUGGACUGAAGGAGCUUGAGUUUCUAAAGAAGCUGAAUGACGCAGAUCCUGAUGAUAAAUUUCACUGUUUGCGGCUUUUUAGACACUUUUACCACAAACAGCAUCUCUGUUUGGUGUUUGAACCUCUCAGUAUGAACCUGCGCGAAGUACUGAAAAAGUAUGGUAAAGACGUGGGGCUGCACAUCAAGGCAGUUCGUUCCUACAGUCAGCAGCUCUUUCUGGCCCUCAAACUACUGAAACGCUGCAACAUCCUCCAUGCUGACAUCAAACCAGACAACAUAUUGGUGAAUGAAUCAAAGACCAUUCUUAAACUCUGUGAUUUCGGCUCUGCAUCUCAUGUCGCUGACAAUGAAAUCACUCCUUACCUAGUCAGUAGAUUCUACAGGGCACCUGAAAUCGUCAUUGGUAAACCGUAUGAUUAUGGCAUUGAUAUGUGGUCAGUCGGUUGUACCCUAUAUGAGCUAUACACUGGGAAGAUCCUGUUCCCUGGCUCUUCCAACAACCACAUGCUGAAGCUGGCCAUGGAUCUGAAGGGCAAGAUGCCCAACAAGAUGAUCCGGAAAGGCCUGUUUAAAGACCAACAUUUUGACCAGAACUUAAACUUCCUGUAUAUAGAGGUAGACAAAGUGACUGAAAGGGAGAAGGUAACUGUGAUGAGCACCAUUAACCCCACUAAAGACCUGCUCGUGGACAUGAUUGGAGGUCAGAGGUUACCAGAGGAUCAGAGAAAGAAGGUCAUGCAACUUAAAGAUCUAUUGGAUGGUACUCUGAUGCUGGACCCAGCUAAACGCGUCACCAUCAACCAAGCCCUUCAGCAUCCUUUCAUUCAGGAGAAGAUAUGAUACUUUCACAUCAGACCUCUGUCUGUCCACUGUUCCAGGACUGAGCCAAUAGACUCAAGCUCAGAAUGUUUGUAAUCAACACAAGACUUUGAAUUUUCUAUUUUUAUUCAUGUUUUUCUAGUGAUUUUUGUUUUACCCAGUCAUUUUUGAUUCAAAUGAUCUUGUUUUUAUUGUACAUAUGCACACAUUGUCAUUCACUUGAGAGAAAGCAUGUUUAGCAGUUAUAAGACUUUGUCUUAUUUAACUUCAGAAGUGACCGAAAUGU